UGGGUUUAUCCAGACUUAGUUUCAGAUGGUUCAGAUUAAGGAUGAGAAUAGAGCGGGUCUCUUUGUCCCUGGUAGAUCUCUUUUCCUGGUUGGACUAGGAUUAUUCAUCCCAGUAUUCAUCCCGCUCAUUCAGUUUGGGUUUGUGUACAAACUGUGGGAGAAGUAUGCUAUGCCUGUACAUAAGGACCAUUGUAGUAAUUCAUGUUGGGACACUGUAUUUAAGGCUGGUUAUGAGACUGGUGCUGGCACCUAUAAACAUAUAUAUUUCAACGCUACAUUACAAACCUGGAUAAUCUGGACGUUUACCCUGAUCUACGUGAUAGCUGUGUAUGAGAGUAUUAAAUAUAUUCUAACUCUUAUGAUUAGAGAACAGUUAAGACGACGGAUGGUAUUUCUAUUCCUAUCCUCAGUGUACCCCCACUACUACGGCUGGUGGUGCAUAUUUAAUUAUUUUAACGAUGAUUUUUAUUCACAGCUGCUUCAUCAAUCAGUCUUUACCAUAACAGAGGUUGUUUGUACCUUGAUGGUUCUACAUUUGGCUGAUAGAGGAGUUCAAGCCACCCCACAACGAUUAGUUUUUAUUAUCACCAUUGCAGCCUCUCAUGUAGUCGUUAGUGGUUGGGACCAGUUUGUGAGUAAUGUUUUGCUUCAAGAAGGAGAACUUCAUCAGGUGCUCAGAGAUUUGGGAUUCAUGCUCCCUGACGUUUUACAUAUUCUUUUUUCUGUUAAAGAGCUGAAAAUUGUUGGACAGCAGAAGCGAGUUCCAGCGUCGUAUCUUAUAUCUAACCAGCUAGCCUUGUCAUCUCUAGCUUACAUUGCUGGAUUCUGGAUUCUUCUUCUAAUACUCUAGCAGCAGCCAGUGCCAGCGUCGUAUCUGAUAUCUAACCAGUUAGCCUUGUCAUCUCUAGCCUACAUUGCUGGAUUCUGGGUUCUACUUCUUAUACUCUAGCAGCAGCAAGUGCCAGCUUCGUAUCUGAUAUCUAACCAGCUAGCCUUAUCAUCUCUAGCCUACAUUUCUGGAUUCUGGGUUCUUCUUCUUAUACUCUAGCAGCAGCCAGUGCCAGCGUCUUAUCUGAUAUCUAACCAGUUAGCCUUGUCAACUCUAGCCUACAUUGCUGGUUUCUGGGUUCUACUUCUUAUACUCUAGCAGCAGCCAGUGUCAGCGUCGUAUCUGAUAUCUAACCAGCUAGCCUCCUUGUCAACUCUAGCCUACAUUGCUGGAUUCUGGGUUCUCCUUAUUUUACUUACUCUGUGUGUUACCCUGGUUAGAUUCCAUGUUGUAUGCUUGGUGAACUAUCAUAUUAUGAUGAUCUGCUGCGCCGCCCUGAUGGUGGUCUGGGGAUCCUGAUGGUGGUCUGGGGAUCCUGAUGGUGGUCUGGGGAUUUCAUGUCUUAUUCCCACUUAGAGUAUUAGAUGAGCUCAGACCGCACACUCUGAAAGUUCCUUUUUGGAUAAAAGUGUAAAAAAAGAUGGAAAAAAACUUGCCUUUUGAUGACCGAUUUUAAUAUUUUUCCCCCAGAGAGCAUUACAAAAUCUAAUAAAAGCAAGUUGUAAAUUAACCUUUCAGGCUUUCAUGUUAAUUGUUUUCCCUUAUAUAAUCAUUAUUUCCUUUGCCCACUAGUGCAGGGAAAUCUUCUAGUACUAAGUAUUAAAAAGUUAGUUUAAAGAUUUGACCUCAAUAUAAUGUUGUUACAGA